CACGCGCCACCACCCCAAUUGCGCACGACAUAACACCAACGACUCACUCACCAUGCUCUCCCGCCGCCUUGUCGCCGCCCGCCCGCUGACCCGCGCCGCCCUCCCCCUCACCACCCGCCCUCAAUUCCAAACCACCCAGAUCCGCACCGCCCUGACCGAAGCUGAGCGUCUGGAGCUCGCAGACCCCAACCAGAAUGGCGGCUAUAUCAACCCUCCCAGAAUCAACCGCGCGAAGCGCUCUUCCUACGACGACUGGUGGGACCCCCAAGACAAGCGCAACUUUGGAGAACCUUGCCAUGAAGAUAAUGACGUACUCGGCGUUUUGUCGCUGCACGAUUACGACCACUUCACUCCUGGAUGGGGCGGCGUGCUGAUGGGCACAUUCGUUGUUACCGUGUUGGGCCUGUGUGGAGCCGUUUCGAUGGUUUACCCCGACAAGAUCAGUGCGCCCAAGACUUACGAAGGAGGGCUCGAGGCUGAGCUGGGCGGGAAGAGGGCUAUGCUGGCGAGGAAACCUGGUGAGGGAUGGUAGAUUGGAGGGGGAUGGGGUGGGCUGUGUUUGUAUAUAUGGCUAUUCGGUCGAAAUGAGAUGCUUUCUUUUGUCAAUUCUGGCGAUUGCUGCUCUUUUGUUAUCCAUGUCUGAAUUUCGAACUUGUGAGACUGCAUUAAACCCAUUUCUGACUAUCUGACGUAUGCAUUGAAUUCAUGUGUGCAAGAAGCAGUGUGGAAAACACAUGCUAAUUUGAGCCUAUCUACAUCGAUGUCUCAUUGGAAAGUUCUUCAUCCAUACUCACGUUUCCAUACAGACAAAGAGCUUUUUGCUUAUUGCGGUCAUAUAUGUAUUUAUCAUUGUCACAUGAUACCACGCUCCUCCACCACGCAAUGGCCGAGCCAAGG